AUGAAUGGAAAAGAUAUUAUUCCAGAGAAGAAAAUACAAUCAUCCCAUAGUUAUGGAGCUCUACAGUCACUGGCAUGGAAAGAAUGGCUUAAACAUUUGAAACCCAUAAUAAGAACAUCCGUCGAAACACCUCACAGUGUGAACAUGCUAAUCAAUGAGAAGAGCCUCUUUGAUAUUCAUGCACAUGAUAGUAGUGACAAUUCUGAUACAGAUUCACCUCACAUGCUUCCGAAAGCACACGAUGACAAUGCUCUAAGUGAUGAUGAUUUUUCAGAGAAUGCCAUUGUUCUCGUGAACAUUGAUUCCGAAGAGGAUGAUCAGGUCAAACUUAAUGAGAAAAAACGCUCGACGAGUCGUGUCUUGCUGAAUACUUUUAAUUUGGAAGCAAAUGAUUCCAAACACACCAAUGUUCAGUCUUCUAUCUCCGCACUGGAUCACCUCACACCUCCUAUUCAGAAAGGUGAUAUUGUGGUAUUAUGUGUCGAGUUAUCUGGAAUUUUAAUUACAGGAGAAAAUGGUAUUUUCACACGAUUUAUUCAACAAGUUCUAAAUUAUACGGAUAGUGUGGUAUUUUUUGUAGAGAGAAUGGAUCGUCAUGAAUUUCAACAAACUCCCAUUCUUCACUUUUCUGGGUUAGGCUCAAAGAAAUGUUGUUGUGGUAUUAUUUGGAGAUGA